GGAGCAGCAGCAGAGCCAGGAGGUGCUGCUGGAGCUGCGCCUGUGGCACCCCCACACCCUCCCGGGGGGGCUCCCGGGGGUCGCCCUGCACCCCAACUUCCGACAGAACCUGCGCGUGGCCCUGCUGGGGGGGGGCAAGGCCUGGUCGGACGACACGGCCCCGCUGGGCCCGGACCGGCACGCCCGCGACGUGCCCGCGCUGGACAAGUACGCCGAGGAGCGCUGGGAGGUGGUUUUGCACUUUAUGGUUGGGUCCCCGAGCGCGGCCGUCAGCCAGGACCUGGCGCAGCUGCUGGUGCAGGCCGGGCUCAUGAAGAGCGAGGGGGGGGAGCCCCCCUGCAUCACCUCGGCCGGGUUCCGGACACUGGGGACAGCCUUGUCAUCCUACUCGGAGCUGCAGGUGGCCCUCAUCGCGCUCUUCUCGGAGCUGCUCUAUCGCUUCCCCAACCUGGUGGUGGCACAGGUGACAAGGGACAGCGUGCAGGCGGCCAUCGCCAACGGCAUCACCGCCGAGCAGAUCAUUCACUUCCUGCGCACCCGCGCCCACCCCGUGAUGGCCCAACAGAGCCCGGUGCUGCCCCCGACCAUCACGGACCAGAUCCGGCUCUGGGAGCUCGAGCGGGACCGGCUGCGCUUCUCGGAGGGUGUGCUGUACAACCAGUUCCUGUCCCAGGUGGAUUUCGAGGUGCUGCGGGACCACGCCCGCGCCCUGGGCGUGCUGGUGUUCGAGAACCCCGCGCGGCGCCUGAUGGUCGUCACCCCCGCCGGCCACCCCGACGUCAAACGCUUC